AUGACGGAGUCUGCAGCUUCAGACACCUUUGUGCGCGCCAAGAUCGCCGAGAUGAGCGCGGCGGUUCAAGACGACAACCCCUACUCGCGCCUCAUGGCCCUGCAGAGGAUGGGCGUCGUAGACAACUACCGCGCAAUACGCGACAAGGCAGUCCUCGUUGUGGGCGUCGGCGGCGUGGGCAGCGUCGCGGCGGACAUGCUGGCGCGCUGCGGAAUUGGGAAACUCCUUUUGUUCGACUACGACAAAGUCGAGCUCGCCAACAUGAAUCGUCUCUUCUUCACUCCCAAGCAGCGCGGCCAAAGCAAAGUCGAGGCGGCGCAAGCGACGCUGCUGGAGAUCAACCCCGACGUCGAGAUCGAGGCGCAUAACUGCAACAUUUGCUCGGAGUUCGAUUUGUUUUUCGAUCGCAUCGUGAACGGCGGCAUCUGCGCCUCGUCCGCUACGGCUGAGGGCUCCUCGGGCGCCGAGGCCCGCGAUAAAGCCCCCCCCGUGUCUCCGCGUCUCUCCCAGAAGGGGCGGUGCGGCGUGGAUUUAGUGCUCAGCUGCGUAGACAACUUUGCGGCGCGCAUCACAAUUAGCCAGGCGUGCAACGAGGCGGGCGUUGUGUGGAUGAACAGCGGAGUGAGCGAGAGCGCGACCAGCGGGCAAAUUCAGACCUGCGUCCCUGGUCUCCUCGCGUGCUUCCAGUGCGCGCCGCCUUACGUCGUCGCAACAAGCGGAGACGAACGAGCCAUCAAACGCGAAGGCGUCUGUGCGGCCUCGCUGCCAACGACCAUGGGUAUUGUCGCAGGCCUUCUCGUACAGAACGCUCUCAAAUACCUCCUCACCUUUGGACAGACAACUCCGUUCCUAGCGUACAAUUCGCUUGAAGACUUCUUCCCGUCCUUCUCCAUGCAACCCAAUCCGCAGUGCGCCGACUCCUGGUGCAGAAAAAGGCAGGCGGAAGUUGCAGAGAAGGGCAUCCCGAUUUCGGCGUAUUUCUUGACUUUGAAGAAAGAGCAGGACGCAGCCGAGAGUGCGAAGGGCGCUGUCGUGCACGAGGAUAACCCCUUCGGCAUCUCACUCAUGGAUGAGGGCUCGAGUUCGACGAAUGGGGCUUCCGUCGCGCCGCCUGCGUCGCCUUCUCCGGCAAAAGACGAGCCAAUGAAGACACAGAAGAAAGCCGCUGAAGACGGCGCGAGCAUUCAGGAUCUUAUGGAGAAAAUGAAGCUUCUGCAAAGCUGA